GCGGGGGGAGCGGAGCCGAGCGCAGCCGAGCGGAGCGGCCGCCCGAGCGCCCGGGGCUCCCACCGCCCGCCGCGCUCCGACCAUUCCCGCCGGGCAGCCGCGAUGUGCGGGGGGAUGGCGGCGCGGGGUCCGGGCGGGCCGCGGUGCUGGCAGAACCGGCGGGCGCGGCUGCUGUGCAUGCUGGCACUCACCUUCCUGUUCUUCGUGGUGGAGGUGGCAGUGAGCCGCGUCACGUCGUCCCUGGCCAUGCUCUCCGACUCCUUCCACAUGCUCUCGGACGUGAUGGCCCUGGUCGUGGCGCUGGUGGCCGUGCGCUUCGCCCAGCGCACCCGCGCCACCAAGAAGAACACGUUCGGGUGGGUGCGGGCCGAGGUGAUGGGCGCGCUCGUCAACGCCGUGUUCCUCACGGCCCUCUGCUUCACCAUCCUGCUGGAGGCCAUCGAGCGCUUCACCGAGCCCCACGAGAUCCAGCAGCCGCUGGUGGUCAUCGCCGUGGGAGUGGCGGGGCUCAUCAUCAACCUGCUGGGGCUCUGCCUCUUCAACCACCACGGCGUCGGGGGCCACGGGCACGCCCACGGGCACGGGCACUCGCACGGCGCCCGGCAGCAGCACCCCCGCGCCGGCCCCAAGCCCGAGCCGCCGCCCGGGGACGGGGAGGCAGCGCUGCACCGCGAGGAGACCAGCACCUUGGUGGAGAACUGCAGCAGCUCCAACGGGGUCAGCCAGGAGAAGCUGGGUGAUAUGAAAGAUGACAUGGCUGACCUGCAAGUGAACGGCAAUGCCGGCCAUUAUCCUCUGGAUGAAGAGGAGGUUGAAGAAGACUCUAGUGCGCAACUUAACAUGCGUGGAGUUUUUCUGCAUGUUUUUGGAGAUGCCUUAGGUUCAGUAAUUGUGGUAGUGAAUGCCUUGCUCUUUUAUGGGUUGUGGAAUCCAUGCCCUGAAGAUGGGCCUUGCUUUAAUCCAUGUAUCAAUAAUCAUUGCAUGGAAAAUGCUACUUUAUCCCAAACACUCGGCAGAGCUAACAAGUCUGAGCAGGAGGGCAUUACAGUGGCUGGUCCGUGCUGGUUGCUAUAUUUAGAUCCUGUCCUUUGUUUGAUUAUGGUCUGUAUACUCCUUUACACAACUUACCCAUUACUUAGGGAGUCAGCCCUUAUACUUCUGCAGACUGUUCCCAAACAAAUAGAUGUUCAUUCUUUGAACUCAAAGUUACGCACCCUCGAAGGAGUUGAAGCAAUCCAUGAAUUACACAUUUGGCAACUAGCAGGCAGUAGGAUCAUUGGCACUGCUCACAUCAAGUGCCCCGACCCUUCCACGUACAUGAUGGUGGCAAAGCGCAUUAAAGAGAUCUUUCAUGACGAAGGGAUUCACGCAACUACCAUUCAGCCUGAGUUUGCCAGCGUUGGCUCUGAAUCGGGGAGAGGGAAAUGUGAGUUGCCUUGCAGGACUCAGUGUGCUUUGAAGCAGUGUUGCGGAACAGGGGAAGAUAGUACUGCAAAGAAGACAGAAAAAUCUUCAUCACUUAGUAUUUCUUGUUCAGAAGUUGUCAUUGAAUUUCCAAAAACGAGGAGGACUAAGUCGGAGAGCAUCCCUUCAGUGAAGCUAGAGGCAAACACUGAUCAAAAUGAGCAAUUUGAGUCAUCUUUGUAACUCCCCGAAUGGUGCUACCUGAGUCGUGGUAACUUUGUCAACAGCUGUGUUGCAAGAGGAAGAGACAGACGUUUUGAGUUGCAAUUUUGCCAAGUAGUGUAAUUGCUGAAGUCCUUGUUCUUGUCAUAUUGCUAAAUAUAGAAUGCUUGUUUUAAAGAAUAUAAUGUCACUGUCAUGAUA